UUCUGAGUUUUCGCAUGCUUAUUUUGAUUCCCUAUUUCCGUUACAAAUGUAGCUGAAGUAAGAAGGACGAGGGAGUAAAGAUGGUCUGAAUUGGGAAUUCAGCUUAUGGUCUUUUGUGGAUUUUGGUUGUCGCAUCUAUGCAGAGUAGGAGAGAAGAUGGUGAACACACGCCGUACUCAACUACAAAUAACCAUCUACCUCAGGACAACGAUGCUCUCUUGAGUGAGAUAAGGGAUAUGAUUUUAAGAAUGAAAGAGAAAGUGGAACAACAUGAGGAGUUGAAUCGAAUAAGAGGACUGGGUAAUCAAGAUAAUAUCCUUGAGAAUGACGGACUUCCUAGUGACAAUCAAUCAAAGGUAGGUCACUAUAUGGAGGACCAAUCAACUGGUAAAGGUUCUUCACAACAGCAGCAGCUUACCGUAUCCAACAUGUCAGUAUGGAGGAUCUUUAGGACGUUCAACCCGCCUACCUUUGAUGGUUCCUUUAAGUCAUCAGUAGGGAAGGCGUGGAUUGAUCGAUUAGAAACAAUUUUCACUGUGGUUUAGUCUACUUCACAACAAAAGGUAAUGACGGCAGUGUUAUUAACUUAUUAUUAGAAGGAAGUGCAAUGGAUUGGUAGAGUGGUGUAAGUCCCAUUCAUAGGUCAUGGAUUUCUUGGAAGGAGUUUAAAGCCAAAUUCUCCCAAUUCUUCCCUACUGAAUUGUUGCAAUAUGAAAAAGAGGGCGAAUUUCAUGACUUUAAACAAGGCAAUCUUGAUGAGGAAGGGAUUGAGAAUGAACGAUGGCAAUAGUCUCACGGCAGAUUCUCUUCUUUCACGGGUCCUUUUGGAGGUAUUAGCAAAAAAAAAAAAAAAAAAACAGUUACCAUUUUGGGAUCCCAGGGAGCUCAAGGCAGAGAAGGGGUAACUGGGCAGAGAGUUUGUUUCAAAUGUGGCAAGGUAGGUCACAUACCUCGUUUUUGUAUGGAAGGGCAGUAAGGUACAUUAGAGGCUUGCUUCACCAUUCUUGGCAGAGGAUUCGCCACAACUCAAGAGGGGUUGGAGCAUCUCUGGAUCAUAUACGACCAUAUGAUCACAUUUCAAGGCUCAAAAACUCUGCUAUGUUUGACUCAAGAGGGGAGUUUAGAUUUGUAAACUUCGUAUUUUUGGUUGAGUGUAUCCUCAGACAAAGAUUCCAUCUAGUGAGAUAAGAAUUGGAGGCAUCAAAAAGGGUAAGGAUUAUGCAUAAAUUGUUUGUUUAUUUUAAUGAUUUAAUUAUUUCUUUAUUCUGAGAAACUGUAUUUCCACUAUUCUAAGUUGCAAAACAUAUUGUGAAAGAUGUGUAUAUGUACAUAUAUCUAUGGUUUGUAGAACAACUUAUUGAUUGGUUUGCUAGUAUACAUUAGAAUAUUCUUAUAUUAGUGAGAUGUAAGAUCUUAUUUAUUUCUUAUAAUUUUCAAGUGAGGGUUGUAGUAGGUCACAAGGGAAGGUGCUGAAGAA